AACAAUCUCCGCUGAAUCUAAGUCAGUAUUGUACUGAAUUUGCAGCCAUUCCUAUAAACAAACAGCUUUACAGUCUUAGCUAUGUCUGCUUCACAGCAGGAGCAGCAGGGAUAGUUUUCUCAGGCUUCUACAUUGUGGUAAAACUAAAAUCCAAAUCUCAUUUAAACCCAUUUUUCAUCUCUGAAUCUCUAGUAUUUCAUAGAUGUCUCUUCCUCCAUCGACACAGAUCGACGUUUGGGGGUUCCGAAAGCCAUUCUUAUUUCUGGAAUGGAUAGGAAUGAAUGCAAUGCUGGUAUUUGUAAUGGCAGCUCAGGGAAUCUUUGCAGCUUUUAUCAAUGGAUGGUACUAUAAAGCUCCCGAAAACUCCCUAGUUCAUUGGAUUCAAAAGCAUGUGUUCAUCAAUGUUUGGCACUCAAGGAAACUGGGAACUCUGCUAUAUGUGAUAUUUGCUGAAAUAGCAUUCUGGGGAAUAGUUGCAGGGAUUUUGCACAAGCUGGGAGUGUACUGGAAACUGUGAAGACUUAGCAAACCUCAAGGCAGACACUAAGGAAAAAGCACCAAAUUUCUGUUCU